CUUUUUGGCACGAGGCAGUAGAAUUAACGCGAGACGAUCGAGAUCACCGCCUUAUCUCUCUCUUCCUAAAAUAGGUUUUGCUUGACGAAGUCUGUGCGGCGCAGACCACGCCCGUCCCCUAUGUUUGCUCCGGUUCCAUCGUUCUUUGCCCCGUAUCAAUCGCUUCGGCGCUUCGUUUCUAGCUAUUUACCUGUCGCCCGAUCGGAGACGAAGAGCGAUUGGAGAAACAGAGAGGUUACCACCUACGUGCGUGCUACCGGACAGGCGUCGCCGCCGCUACCACCAUGUCUUUCACCGGCACGCAGGACAAGUGCACGGCGUGCGACAAGACGGUCCACUUCAUCGACCUCCUCACGGCUGACGGCGUCAUCUACCACAAGACCUGCUUCAAAUGCAGCCACUGCAAGGGGAUCCUCUCGAUGUGCAGCUAUUCUUCCAUGGACGGCGUCCUCUACUGCAAGACGCACUUCGAGCAGCUCUUCAAGGAGACAGGGAGCUUCUCCAAGAAGUUCACACCGGGUAACAGAUCAUGCGACAAGGAACUGUCAAGGGCCCCAAGCAAGCUAUCUUCUAUCUUCUCUGGCACUCAGGAUAAGUGCACAGCUUGCCAGAAAACAGUGUACCCACUUGAGAAGAUGACUUUGGAGGGCGAGGCGUACCACAAGGGCUGCUUCAAGUGCUCGCACGGGGGUUGCAUCCUAACCACCUCGUCUUACGCAGCGCUCAAUGGCGUAUUGUACUGCAAGAUCCAUUUCGGACAACUCUUCAUGGAGAAAGGAAGCUACAGCCACAUGAAAAAGAAGAGCAGCUCCCAUGAGGUCUUGCCUGACCUGGUGGCUGAAGAGCAACCGGCGGCGGCUCCCGAAGCACCAGCGCAAGAUGGAGAAUAGAGAGGAAAAGUAGGAAAACACGAAGCUUAUAUACACAAAUAUACAACACAGCCCGGAGUUCCUGUUUCUUACUUCUACAUCGCUGUCUUUACCCCGUCUUAUUUUUUGGUUCCCCCGAGAGCUUGGUUUGUCAAGCUGUAAGUAUUGUACUAAUAUACUAAUACCUUCCUUUCAUAUGAGACUAAUGGCAACUGUGGCAAUCAACUAGUAAGCCUCAUGGGGAAAACUGUUA